CUCCCACCAGAUCGCAGCCCUCUGUCAGACCCUCGACCCCGAAAGAGCCCGAGCCCAUGCCCCUGCCCCUGCCCCGCAGGGGAAGGGUAUCCCGCCAGGCCGGCUCCAGAGUGGCCGGCACUAGCCUCCCGCGAGCAGCCCCCCUUUCCCCAAGGCGUACGGGCCGCGGGGCCCCGCUGUUGAGCCAUGCGCAACGCCUCACCCGGCGGCGCCAUUCCUCGGAGCUGGUCCCGGAGCCCGAGCCGCAAACUGACUUCCGCUCGGGAAAGUGGCUCCAAGAGCGCGCCGGAGGGGACUCCGGGGACUCGCGACAGGAGCUGCUUGCCGGGAUGGGCUCUAGGCACAGAAUCCGUGAGCAAGAAGAAGUGGUGAUCCCUUGUGCUUCUGACAGUGAUUCCGGAAGUGUGGAUUUACAGCUCAGUGACUUAGAGGAUAUUAAAAAAAUCCCAAGUAACAAUGAACUUACAGACUUGGACAUCCCUGAUAUCCCUGGACUCCCUCGGGAGUCCCUCACAGAUAGCCUCAGACACCUGACUUGCCAGGAGCCCCUCAGUGAAACUAUUGUUGAGAGUCUGGUUCAGUCCAUCCAAGAAGUUUUUCAUGGUAAGCUAAAGGGUGAACUUGAAAAGCUGACUUUCCUAAGAUCUCUGUCUUCACUCAGCCAAACUUUUCUGUAUGAUGAAAGCACAGAAUCAUUUAUUCACAGCCACAUAGCCGAAAUUGUACAUAUCCUAAAUGUGCUGAUGCAAGAGGAGUCCCGGCAUUCUCUAUCUAGCCCCGUGCGCCAGGAGAUCUUUGUCACCAUCACUGACCUCAGUUACCAAGAUGUUCACCUGCUGUUUGGCUCUGAAGAUCGAGAUGACUUGCUUGGUCUUAUCACCAAAAGUGUGAUCACUCUGCCGUCUGUGAGCGCUCUUAUCCAGCUGCAGGAGGCCACGCCAAACCAGUCCCACAAUCCAGAGUGUCUCUACAGGCAGACGUUCCAAGCAUUCUCUGAGAUGCUACAGAGUUUGGUGAUAAAAGACCCACAUUUGGAAAAUCUUGACACCAUUUUUAAGCACAUGGACCCCUGGUUACAGUCAGUCAAUGACCAUGAGCGGGAACGGGCCACAGCCAGCAUGGCCCAAGUUCUCAAGUGCUUAUCCAGAAAUCUCAGUCUGAAGCUUCCCUUGCAAUUCCAAAGACUUGGACACCUGGUGGCUCUGAUGGCGCUGCUAUGUGGGGACCCACUGGAAGAGGUGGCUGAGGAGGCUGCAGAAGGCACACACUACCUGCUGCAUAUCACCCUCAGGCUUAAGUAUGUCACUCAUGACAAGAUAAAUCACCAGAGCUUGAAAAAAGCAUUGAAAAGAUGUCGUGAACUGCUAGAGCUCUACAGUAUCAAACACUUCUACCGCCAUCCCUUCAAAAUUGCCCAGGUCUUUGAAAUUUUCCUGGAUCCGACUGAGCUCUGCCAAUUUGUAAUGACUACACUGGAUGGCUUGAAAAAUCUGCCACAUCCCUGUACCCAGCAGGCAGCAGGAGAGUUGCUGAUAACGUUAGUGAAAAAUGCAGAGUCCCGAUUUGAGAAGGUGCCAGAAAUUAUAGGAGUUAUCUGUGCCCGGCUAUCCAUAAUCAGCCAGCCUAAAGUUCGCCAACAAAUCAUAAAUACUGUGAGUCUGUUUAUCUCCAGGCCCAAGUACACAGAUAUAGUACUCAGCCACCUUCUGUGUCAUCCAGUACCAUAUGACAGGCAUCUGGCUGAGUUGUGGAGAACCCUGGAAGUAGAGCUACCCAGCACAACCUGGAUCCUGUGGAGGCUCCUGAGAAAGCUGCAGAAAUGCCAUAAUGUUCCCAUACAAAAGAAGAUGGCCUAUGUGGCUGUUGCUGCAACGGAUGCCCUUUAUGAGGUGCUUGUGGGAAACAAGCUGCGAGCAGCCAUGUUCCGACUCUUUCCUCAGCUUCUCGUGACGCUGCUCAUCCAGAUCCACCACAGCAUCGGCCUCACCAUGUCUGACGUCUCCAUCCGAAGUGGCCUGUAUGCAGAGAAGGAACUGUCAACAGAGGUCACACCUUUGUGCUUUGCCCUGCAAGCUACAAAGACUCUUCUCCUCAGAACAUUGUGCUGGCAGGAAUUCAACAUCAUGGAAAAGAAUGAAGGAUGGACUCUUCUGGAAGGAGACUGCCAUCUUCAGGGAGUAUUUCUCCUUGCUAAUGCUUUGCUGGAAAGAAAUCAACUCCUCGCACAUAAGAUCAUGUACUUGCUAGUCCCGCUACUUAACCGAGGGAAUGACAAACAUAAACUCACGUCUGCAGGCUUUUUUGUGGAGCUCCUCCAGAGUCCGGUGGCUAGGAGACUGCCCCGCACAUACUCCACUGCCCGCUUGAAAGACUGGCUGCAUCACGGAAACAGUCACUUCAGAAUUGUUGCCCUGAGAGGACUAUGCAACCUUCUUAGACACCAAAAGAUGAGGGAAGACAUCAAGAGCCUAUUGCCAUCAAUCUUAGACAGCCUGUGUGAAACUGAUGAGAGGAUUGUUUUAUUGGCCAUCCAGAUACUCCUGCAGCUUGUCAGGACAAUGGACUUUACCACCCUGUCUACCAUGAUGAAGACCCUGUUCUCCUUAUUUGGUGAUGUGAGACCCGAUGUUCAUCGUUUCUCUAUGACCCUCUUUGGGGCCUCCAUAAAGUAUGUGAAACACACAGAUAAGAAGGGUGUGGAGAACCAAGUGCUGGACAGCUUGGUCCCACUACUUCUGUAUUCUCAGGAUGAAAAUGAUGCAAUAGCAGAGGAGAGCAUGCGAGUUCUAACUAUUUGUGCUCAGUUCCUGAAGUGGAAGCUGCCACGAGACGUGUACUGCAAAGAUCCCUUGUACGUUAAACCUAUUGAAGUAGCGAAAAUCUGCAACUUCUUUGGAAAAAAAUGCAAGGGGAAAAUUAACAUUAUAGCCCAAACACUGAUGUACUCCAAGAAUGCAAAACUUCCCAUCAGAAGAGCAGCAGUCUUGUUUGUAGGGCUCUUAUCAAAGUAUAUGGAUCACAGUGAGCUCAGGAUGAAUGGUACUGACUGGAUAGAGAAUGAUCUAAAAGAUCUACUGAAUGACCCUGAGCCCUCUCUGCGCAUCAUCGCCUCCCAGGCUCUGUUCCGAGUCCAGAGGGUGAGGGACCAACUAGAACCUGAGCAGACAGUUUGCUGGUUGAGGAAGCUCAUGGGCUGUCUCCCUGCUUAGAAAUGCAAGGCAAGCAACGUCAGAAAGAGAAGCUACAGAACCAAACAUGAAAGUGACUUGCUCAGGGUCACACAACUAGUAAAUAGCAAAGCCAGGAUUCAGACUUGAGUAAUCUGGCUUCAAAACCCACAUCCUUGACUGUUCU